AUGCGCUUUGCCCCUCUCGCAGCGACGGUUGCGUCCCUGGGCGUGGCCAGUGCUGCCGCUAUCAAGGCCAAGGACAACGCUCUGCGUGCCCGCGACACCUGCUCGGAUGUGGUGUUCACCGGUGAGGUGUUGCACCUCUCCGUGAACAUCAUCGAGUACCCUGUCGUGGUCGAUGUCGAGCUUGAGGAGGAUGCCAUUAUCACCAUCGGCAACACGAUCCUUAUCGAUGCUACUCACGCACCCACCCAUCUACACACCACCGUGAUGGCUACGUCUACUUCUACUGUUACCAAGACGACCUCUACUGCUACUAUUACUGCUGCUGGCGUUGACACUACAGCUGGAUCUUCCUUUGGCUCUGGUUCCUCUUCCAACGAGGGCUCCGGAGUUGUUGCUGGCUCCGGUUCUUCGGACUCUGGUUCUUCCAACUUUGGCUCUUCUGGUUCGAGCUCCUCCGGCUCUGGUUCGUCUGGAGUCGUUGCUGGCUCCGGUUCUUCUGACUCUGGCCCCUCUGGCUCCAGCUCCAGCUACUCAACUUAG